UCAUCACCGCCGAGGGGAUAUGACGCAAACGCCCGGCCCGACGCUCCGCGGGGCGGCGCCGGCCAUGGCCGCCGACGCGGACGCCUCGUCCAUUAUGGACCUCGAUGCUGAUGCUAACGAGGCCAAGACGAAGCGCUACGUGAAAGUGGUGCCCAUGACAGUCUAUGUGGCUCUGGCGGCCGAGGCGACGGCCUGCGUGCUCCUAACGGCCACCUUCAAUACCUUCCACGUCGAGACGUUCUUGACCGAGUACAAGCUCGACCUCGCCUCGUAUGCGUCUGGCCAUGUGCUCUACGCCGUCAUCAACACGCUCAACGAUCUUGUUGGCGCCUACGUUGUCGACACAUGGGCCGCGACCAAGGUAGACCGAUCGGCUCCGGCUUCGCUCGAUGCUGGGCGUAGGGCCGCGCGUGGCUCAUGCUCUGCGGCGGGUGCGUCUGGUCGAUCAUGUUUCUCUUGCCGUGGUUCCCAUGGCGCGCGCACCCCGCUCUGCACUUUGUCGUGAGCCUCUCGUGCUACGAUACGCUCUACUCGUUUUGCGCGAUCGCUGGGGGGUCGCUCUUGACCGAAAUGCACGUAUCGGACCGCCAGCGCAUCCAAAUUCUUCGGGUCAAGACGGUCGUCGGGAUGGCGGCAGCCUUUGUCGUGAUGCAACUCGGACAGUACUACUUUGCCGACAAGACCGCCUUUCGCGCCUACUGCGUGGCUCUCACGUCACUCGCCGCGGCGCUCUACGCUGUUUUUUACAGCUUGUUGCAGACACGGUCCGCGUCGAAUCUCAUCGCGAGGCCGCGGGCUACGUCGUCGACACCAUCGUCGCUGAGCGUCGCCUCGAUCACGGUGCUUCUCAAGGACUUUUACCAUCUUCGGAACUUUCGGUACUGGCUCGGCAUGGAAAUGUGUCUGGAAACGCAGAGCAACUUCAACCGGCACUACUUGCGUAUCUUUCUCGUGCACUUUGCCGCGGGUCUCUGGUCCCCAACGACAAUCGCGUCCGUGAUUGCCGGUCUCCCUCUUCUCAAGCAGCUGAUCAAGCUUGUUGUCUUCUCGGUCAUGGACCGCAUCGGCGUCUACCGGCUCUACCAUGAUUCCUUUGUGACCAAGCUGGUCGCGGCGGUAUGGACCCUGUCCGCAGUCCACACUCUGCCGCACCCGAGCGCGUUCUUGGUCGCGUUUCUCUUGCUCAAUAUGGUCGUGACCGAGCUCCCCACGGGCGGGUUUCCGAUUGCGAUGAGCAACAUGCACAAGGAGCUGAGUCUCCGGCGCCAGCAGACGGGCCGCGGCGUCGUCGCGUCGUCGUCGGCCAUGUUUAUGGGCCUGAACGCGGUCUUUUGCAAGCCCAUGGACUCGCUUCUGCCCAUUCUCGCCGCGAUGCAGCUCGACGCCGCGGGUUUCCAAGCCAACAAGACGACGCCGGCGGUGUCGGUCGCCAUGACGCGGCUGCUCGUGUACCCGCCACUGAUCUUGUCGCUGCUGCAGCUUUGGAGCUGGCGGCGCUAUACGCUGGAUGCGACGCACGUUGCGUCGAUCGAGCAAGCGCUGAGCACCCCAACCGGCAGCCGUCACGACGCUAAGCAAGUGGUGUAGGCCUCAAGUCCAGUUUUGUGGCUGAAGUUGGAUGACAUUUGAACAAGG